AUGGAGGUUGUACUGGGUCCCGGCGACCAAGGCCGGGCUGCCGGAGCGGAGGGGGCAGCCUCCGUCGCCUCGCAAGGAGGGCGGCGAAGGUCCCCCCGUCAACACACGAGGACACGACCCUUCGGAGGAACGGGCGGCGAUAGCGCCGUAAUAAUGCAAGAGCUACGCCACAGAGUCCAGAACCUGGAGCGACAGCUUGCCAACCGGGAGCGGGACGGACGAUCUACCGAUCCGAGCUACACCCCGUCUCCCGGGAGCGAGGAGGAAGACUCUCGCCGAAGCCGCCCGCGGACGGAAGCGGAGAGCUCGCGGGAGGAAUCACCCAUAGUGAGGAGACGAAAUGACACGAUUAUCUACUCCCGCGGCAGACCAACCCAUCGAGCGACAAGAGGUCGCGAAGACGGAAGGACACGACAACCUGUGAUAAUGGGCGCCACCCCGUUCCACCGAUCUAUCCUCGAGGUCCGGCUGCCGAAACACUUCGACAAGCCAACGGACAUGAGGUACGACGGAACUCAAGACCCUCUAGAACACCUCACGGCCUUUGAGGCCAGGAUGAAUCUAGAGGGAGUAGGCGACGAAGUAAGAUGCCGCGCCUUCCCGGUGACCCUAGCAGGACCAGCGAGCAGAUGGUUUAACGGCCUCCCUCAAGGUUCCAUCUACAAUUUCUCAGACAUCAGCCGCGCAUUCCUGGCUCAAUUUACAACGCGAAUAGCAAAGGCCAAGCAUCCUAUCAACCUUCUCGGGCCGGUUUGGACAAUGCAUGAAAUCCAAACGGUGGCCAAAGAGUACAUAAACGACGAGGAGGUCAGCCGAGUAGUGGCUGCCAAUAAGCGGCAGUCCGGUUACGGCCAGGCUCGUCAGUCCGGUGGCGACAAGGAGAGAGCAAAAGAGAAGGCUAGGGAGGAGGCAUCAAACAAAGCACCUAGGCCGUUUCCUCGAGUCGGGAAGUUUACUAACUACACUCCGCUCACCCUCCCCAUCGUGGAAGUCUAUCAGCAAAUAGCUGAAAAGGGAAUUCUUCCGAAGCCCCGACCACUCAAGGACCGCACGGGUGGAAACAAGAACCUUUAUUGCGAUUACCAUAAGGGAUAUGGCCACCAAACACAGGACUGCUUCGACCUGAAGGAUGCAUUAGAACAAGCGAUAAGGGAAGGAAAGCUAGCAGCGUUUUCCCAUCUCAUCAGGGAGCCGAGAAGGCGUUAUCGUGAGCAAGACGAGGAAGGCAAGACACGCUCGGCCAAACGGCGACCGGAGCCCGAAGACAGAGACCACGGCCUCACGGUGAUAAACGUGGUAACGGCAAAAAACGCUGCACCAAAAUCCCGGUCGGCACACAAGAAAGACGCCAAGGUUCUGGCGAUCUCAUCUCCACCUGUGCAGAGUACCAAAAAACCUCCGUCCAUUUCUUUCGGCCCAGAAGAUCAAUGGUUCAGCGACGCCCCGGAAAACCCUCCCAUGGUCAUAACGGCCAGAGUGGGAACCGGCCUCGUCAAACGGAUCCUUGUCGACACUGGGGCUGAUUCAAACAUCAUGUUCCGCAAUGUGUUCGACGCACUGGGGCUGAAGGAUGCCGACCUGACGACCCACCAGCACGGGGUUAUCGGGUUAGGCGACCACUUCAUCAAACCAGACGGAGUCAUUUCCCUACCGAUCUCGGUAGGACAGAUGCAAGGCCGGAGAUCGGCGAUGGCCGAAUUCGUGAUCCUCCGAACUCCACAGCCUACAACAUCAUCUUGGGAAGAAAAACAAUCAAUGAUUUUGAAGCCAUAA